AUGGGCGAUGUGGCAGCGAUGUCGACGGAAACGACAAAAUCUCCGUGGCCAGGAAGGAUAAGGACAAGUAAGUUGCUUUAUUCCUUAUUCUAUGUGUUUAGUUUGUUUCUUCACGACAGCCGGCUUCUUUGGCCUUGGAGUUAAAGCAGCUUUCAACCAGGCGAAACCAUUGGAUCCACAACAGUUAUCAAAUGCCAAACUGAUGAGUGGAGUCGGCUUUGCUUCUCGAGCCUUGGGAAUCGCGACUCUGUUAACAGUAUCUGGCUUUUCGUUAGUGGUACUAGGAGUGUCAGCGUUGAUGGACGUGAACACACCUAGUCAGUUCGGAAAGAAGGUCAGGAGCUCGUUUGGAGACAGAUUCAGGAUUGCUGGCAGUGGAUCUGGGGAAUCGUAUGACAACUUGUCGGAAUUGUUCGAAGCCGCAAGUAAGAAAAAGGAAGAAGCGAAAGAAAAGGUUGAAGAGGUCAAAAAUUAG